AUGAGCUACACUCCACAGCAACAGGAAGAAGUUAGAGCAGUUUAUCAAAGGAAUCAGCAACUUGAGAUGCAAGUCAAAGCCUCUGUGAAUGAAGUACAGCAACUUAAUCAAAGAUUGCAAAUGUAAGAGCAAGCCUUCAAAUAAUCAUAAUAAUAGUUGAAUCAGCAAUUGCAAAAACUAUCCCAGGAUUUAUCAAUCAAGACUCAGCAGUUAGCCAAUACUGAAUAACAAUACAAAAGAUAAUUGGAUCAUGCAAAUGAAUAAUUGAAUAUCGUUAAAUAAUAAACUCAAUUGAGACUAGACUAACUUUCACAGGAAUUGAAACUAAAAUCAACAGCCUGUGACAAAGCAACUAAUGAAUUAUAAGCAUGCAAGAACAUUGAAAUAUUGCUUUUAUAGAAAAAUGCUGAAAAUUUGAAUGUAGUUAAAUCAUAAUAGCUUGUAUAACAAGAUGCCAAUGCCAAGAGAGUGAUUGAAGAUUUGAAUGAUAAAUUGAGAGUCUUUGCAGUUCAAUCUCAAAAACAAAUUGGACAAUUACAAUAAGAAUUAGCUAUCAAAAAAUAAGAAAUCGAUCGACUCAGUUAAGAACUCAAUUCUAGAAAGAAUGAAAUCUAUCAACAAUAAUAAAAGAUCGAAGCCACCAAUAUCGCUAAGAACAAUCAGAUCUCGUAGUUAGAAUCCUUGUCUAAGAAGUAAUUGCAGGAGUACAAUGACAAACUCAAUCAGUUCCAAUCUCAAGCCUAAAUGAGAAUCGAUUAACUCAAUCAAGACAUCAGUAAUAAGACUGCUAUGCUCGAGAAAGCCAAUCAGGAAAUCGCUCAAAAGAGAACAAGAGAUCUAAGCCAAUAAUAAGCAUUUUGA